AUGGGGCAGUGGCAGGAAGGCCGUAGGAAACACCAACCUUUCUUGCAGAGCCUGCAGCAGUCACGCUCCAGCAGCCCCGUCGUGAUCCUUCGGGAUGUGCAGACUGCCCCGAAAGCAUCAGGUGGGCACAAACCUGAGACCAUCCGUCUCAUCACCAAGGACUUCAUCCGUGAUCUCAUUGUCCCUGCGGAGAACCCGGUAGCAUCCCUCAUUAUUGGCCAGGAAGAUUUCCAGCGCAUUAAAGCAGCAGCUCGAGUCCUGACCAAGGAGGAGCGUGAGGCCAAGCUGGCAGCCCUCAAAGCAGAGAAGGAAGCCGUUCUUGAGGCGGUGAGUGAGCGCAAGAGCGUGGCGAAGCAAAGGGCCGUCCUGCAGCAGCAGACAGGGAAGCUGAGUGAGCUGGAGGAGGCAGCGCGGGAGCGGGCCCAGAACCUGCUGCGGCGGGCAAGCAGGAUGCGCAUGGAGCAGGAAGAUGAGAUCAAGGAGUUCAGCGAGCUGAUCCUUGGUGCCAAGUGCCACAUGAUCCGUGACAUGCAGAUCCUUGAGAAGCAGCUCAUUGCAAAAGAACUGGAGGAAGAAGAAAAGCGCCUGGCCAUGAUGAUGGAGGUGGAGAGGAAAAAGGCCAACGAGAUGCAGGAGGAGCUGGAGUGCAGGAGGAAGCAGGAGCUGAUCAGAGGGAGGCAGGAGCUUGUGAAGCAGAUAGAGCAGAACGCGGAGGAGCGGGCUAUAAGAGCCGAGCAGCGGGACCAGGAGGCUCAGGAGAUGCUGGAGUACCUGGAGCAGCUGAAGAUGGAGGACCUGAAGGACUUGGAGCGGAGAAAGGAGCAACAGAAGAAAAUCCAGGCCGAGAUUAAACGCAUCAAUGAUGAGAACCAGAGGCGCAAGGAGGAGCAGCGGGAGCAGGAGAGGAUGGCAGAUGAGCGGGUGCUCGAGUACCAGAGGCAGAAAAUGGAGCGUGAGGCCGAGUUCGAAGCUGAGCAGGAGAGAAUCCGUUGGGAGAAGGAGAAGGAGACAGCACGCUUGAGGGCCAUGCAAGAGAGGGCCCAGGACCACCAGGCAGAGAAGGACGCACUGAGGGCCAAGCGCAGCCAAGAGGCUGCCGAGCGAGAGUGGCGGCGCAUGGAGAAGGAGGCGGCGCAGAGGAAGGCUGAGAUGGAGCAGAUGCUGAAGCGGAGCCGUCUGGAGCAGAUCGCCCAGCGGGAGCACAGCAUGGCCAUGCAGGUGCAGCAGGACCGCCACGAGUUCGAGAGGAUCCUCAGAGCCCAGCAGGAGCAGACAGAGAAGGAGAAGGCGGAGGAAGCACGGAGGGCAGGUCUGCAGCUCGCCCAUGCUAACGACGUCCGGCGCCAGAUGCGGGAGCGUCAGGAGCAAGCCUCCGGCAUCCCCGAGAAGUACUGUGCCCAGGUGGAGCGGAGGGCCCUGAGCCGAGCAAGCGCAGCCCCUGGCGAGGCUCAGCCCCAUGAGGAGCGGAGCUCCAGUUCCCCAGCGACUUAG